CGACAGAAAAGUUGUUAGUAAAUUGGGACAAUAUGUAGCGCUUGGAAUUUCUCUGCUUUCCCCAUUCCAUAACUGAUCAGUAGGGAAAUCGUUAUCAAACGCUAAUAUGUACUUUCCCUUCACCCACUGCUCGAAAUGCGCCUAAAAUCCCAUUUUCCCUCGUUGAUAAAUAGGGCGGAGCGGAUGACAUAAAUGGUGAGAACAUUGGCAGGGGAUGAAACACAAUGGUUGGAAGGGAGGGGACAUCCUGUGAGAGUGUCUGUCAAUAAAUAGACCCUGCCAUAUUUAGCUGGGAGUACAAUGAAGUUGGGGUCCCUGAGGAGCCACAGAACAAAGGCCGACACUGGGGCAGCGGGGUGCCGGAGCCUGCGGAGAUUAGUGUAGUAUCGCAAUACAGCCGCUAGGUGGGAGACGAGAGCCCAUAGGAACUGCAUAUUCCAAUAUCUGGCUCCGGAUUAUUGCCUUUGUUAUUGUAGGAGCCCGACACAGCCGCUAGGUGGGAGCAGUGAGCACACACAUUCCUAUACUGGAGGGAUCGAAGUCCGACACUUGUCAGUGGGGUUUUACCCAGAGCAGCGCAGUUGCGGCAGUCGCAGGUGAUUUCGGGCUCUGGCCAGUGGCAGUAUGCCGGGGGGCUACAAGCUUAAACGCAGAAAGAAGAACAAGUACCGCAAGCUGAGCCCGGAGGAGGGUAAGGGCACCUGUGUAGAGGAUGAAGGGAAGGUGGCACAGGAGCAGCUGGGGGGCAGCCAGGUACCCCGGGGCACAGAGCCCAAGGGCAAGAAGAAGAGACAGAAGGGCAGCAGCAAGAAGGUGCAUGUGGCUUCCCUGCCGGAGAGGUACGAGCCCCUAGAGGAGGCGGCAGAGGAGAAGGAGGGCCCCCAGGAGAGGGCUUAUAAGAGAAAGCAGAAAGUAAAGAAGUAUGCCAAGAAUGUGGGGAAGGCUGUGCGCACCGGCUGCCGAUACCUGCUUAUUGGGAUCCAGGGACUGGCCAAUGCCUACUCGAGUCCAUUCAGCAUGUCCUCUGUAGUACUGUCAUCUAUGACUCGCUAGCCGCUCCGUGAGACUUUGUCCAAGAAUUUCAAGCAACUCAUCUACCUUCAAAGAAACUGCACAGAACCACAAAGGUCCCAGAAGAUCAGAAGUCAUUUCUAAACUUUUUAGUUUUUUUUUGUAAUAUAUGUAUUUUUAUUCACAAGCACAUUUAUAACGAGGAGAGACCAAAGCUGUGAAUGCAAAUCAGCAGGAAUUCUGGGAUGUCAUGUAUGUAAAACAGCAGGAACAAUCAUUCUUUUGAUUUGUUUUCAUGGAAAAGACUCAUCCACUGUGUUUCUAUAGCAAAGCCAGGGUGGGUGCUGAUCAGAUCCCAGUAGAAGGGGAAUAUGGUCAUUGCAAACAAAAAAUGUGACUCCUGGAGACAAUUGGUCUCCCCAAGUGUGACAGCAAAAAAGUGGAUUGAGCAACUGGUGGGAAUGUUAAAGCACUUUGAAUUUCUGGGAAAACUUCUUAUUCCUGAACAAUAGUCUGUUUAGGAGUCAACUUACUGCUAACUGUAGAACCAAGUAUUGUCUUAGGUGCCAGUAGUACUUGGCCUGUGUCUGCUGUUGGGUUCAGCUCUUUGGGUGACACUACAGACUCGAUUAUGCACUUUUUGGGGCAAUGAAGUAUUAGGAUAUUAUAAAGUACCAGAGAAAAACUGAUUUGGGGCUCAGCAGCAUUUCUUCCAUAAAGAAUUUAUUCUAAUACCUAAUCCCAUUAGGAGGGCAAGGUGGAACAGGGGGAGGGCAGGGUGGAGCAGGAGGAGGGCAGGGUGGAGCAGGAGGAGGGCUUAGUGGUGCAGGAGGAGAUCAUGGUGGUGCAGGAGGAGGGCUUAGUGGUGCAGAAGGAAUAGAGUGUGGAGCAGGAGGAGGGCAGGGUGGAGCAGAAGGAGGGCAUAGUGGUGCAGGAGGAGAUCAUGGUGGUGCAAGAGGAGGGCAUAGUGGUGCAGAAGGAGGGCAGGGUGGAGCAGAAGGAGGGGUGGGUGGAGCAGAAGGAGGGCUGAGGGGAGCAGAAGGAGGGUGGGUGGUGCAGAAGCAGGGGAGAGUGGAGCAGGAAGAGGGCAAGGUGGAGCAGGGGGAGGGCAGGGUGGUGCAGGAGGGGGGUAUAUGGGUGCAGAAGGAGGGCACAUUACAGAGGGGAUCUCUGGGGGAGCCUACUGUGUGUCCUGUCACAUAGACAGCAACAUGAUACCUUCAAUAGGCUGCUAAGAUUCUCCUCUCUAACAAAUGUGCUGCCAGAAUGUAAAAGCAAGUUGUUAUAAGGUGUCAAUUAUGCAGCUCUCCAGCCUGUGAACUACAACUCCCAGCGUCUGUGGCUCACAAUGGCUUGAUUGCUGCAAGUUUUACAUCUGUUAGAGAAAGUGAGAGGGAUGUGUGAGAAAUGAAAGAGGCUGCGGAGAUGCAGGAUAUUUCGGUUUUGUAAAGCAGAAGGGAAAAGAAACGUUUUGAUUGGUGAAGAACUGUCAGCCAAUAGUGGAGUCUAGGUAUGGGGGGAGUGUUGGGGAGGUUGCACCAAUUUCUUCCUGGUUGGGGUGGAUGGUAACUUGCUAUAGACAGAAGGGGAGAAUAGAAGGAGGGCCCAAUGCAGUUAAUAAAGGCAGGGUCAGCACAUCCCCCAGCGGCUGUUGUUAAACUACAACUCCGGUGACAUGCUGAGAGUUGUAGUUCAAGUGGUAAUUUUACCUAAUUAAUCUGAAUAGACUGCAUUUUAUAAUGAAUUCUUGGUAAAUAAUGUUCGAUUGGCCGUAACAUUUCAUGCCUGUCAUUUGUAUGGAACAUACAAUGUAUUAUAUAUAUAUAUAUAUUGUACUCUUUGUAAUGGUUUUAAUAUAUGAAAAAUUGUAUUUUCUGCUUCUUUUUUUAAUUAAAAUUCUUAUUAAAUGUCA